AUGGAUCUGCAUUCAGCUCCAAACAAGAAAGUGAGCAGGAUUCCAGUCAUGGCCAGACUCCUGCUCCUCCUCCUGCUGCUGUGUGGCUGCCAGAACAGCCUCUGCUCGACCUCCUUGGAGGCUCAGAAGGAGGCGAGUGCAAACGACAACAGCACGGUCUUCACCAGGAUCCUGGACGGGCUCCUGGACGGUUACGACAACCGGCUCCGGCCCGGGCUCGGAGAGAACGUGACCGAGAUCAAGACCGAUAUCUUCGUCACCAGCUUCGGUCCGGUGUCCGACACGGAGAUGGAAUACACCAUCGACGUGUUCUUCCGUCAGAGCUGGAAGGACGAGCGCCUCUGCUUCAAGGGGCCGAUGGAGCGGCUGCCGCUCAACAACCUGCUCGCCAGCAACAUCUGGACCCCGGACACCUUCUUCCUGAAUGGCAAGAAGUCCAUCGCCCACAACAUGACCACCCCCAACAAGCUGCUGAGGCUGAGGGACGACGGCACCUUGCUCUACACCAUGAGACUGACCAUAUCAGCAGAAUGCCCCAUGCAGCUGGAGGAUUUCCCCAUGGACGCACAUGCCUGCCCUCUCAAGUUUGGCAGCUAUGCCUACCCGGUGUCAGAGGUGGUCUACACGUGGACUGAGGGAGCGGCGAAUCCUGUGGUGGUGGCAGAGGACGGCUCCAGACUCAACCAGUACCAUCUGAUCGGGCAGACCGCCGGCACAGAGGACAUACACACGAGCAGAGGCCAGUACACCGUGAUGAUGGCCCACUUCUACCUGAAGAGGAAGAUUGGAUAUUUUGUCAUCCAGACGUACAUGCCCUGUUUCAUGACCGUGAUCCUGUCCCAGGUCUCAUUUUGGCUGAACCGUGAAUCCGUCCCUGCGAGGACCGUGUUUGGAGUGACCACUGUCCUGACCAUGACCACCCUCAGCAUCAGCGCCAGGAACUCGCUCCCCAAGGUGGCCUACGCCACGGCCAUGGACUGGUUCAUCGCCGUGUGCUACGCCUUCGUCUUCUCCGCCCUCAUCGAGUUCGCCACGGUGAACUACUUCACCAAGAGGAGCUGGGCCUGGGACGGCAAGAAGGCUCUGGAGGCUCAGCACCCCAAGAAACGAGAUCCCAUGGUGCUUUCCAAAAAGCCCAACAACGUCUGCUCGGCCGGCGUCAACUACACCCCCAACCUCACCAAGGACGUGUCCAUCUCCACCAUCUCCAACACCACGUCGGUGCAGCUCCGGACCUCCGAGACCAAGAUGGUGGACCCCAAGAAGACCUACAACAGCGUCAGCAAGAUCGACAAGAUGUCGCGGAUAGUGUUCCCCGUCCUGUUCGGAACCUUCAACCUGGUCUACUGGGCCACGUACCUCAACAGGGAACCAGUGGUGAAAGGAGUGGUCAGCUCCACGUAA